AUGGAUCAGUUAUGUAUUAAUCAAGAUAAGAGUAAAGAAGGGCAAACUGAGCGAGGACAAGAAGUUCCGAAAAUGAGACAGUAUUACGAUAAUGGAACAAUUACUUUAAUAGCAAUAGACGAUAAAGUUGGUGAAGAAAAUGGCUAUACCGAUGAAGAUAAAGUAGAAAUGACUUUAAGUCAAGCUCUUAAAGCCAUUAAAAAAAGAGGCAGAAGUGUGCCAGUUGAUGGUAUAUAUUCGAUACUUGGUUUAUUACCUUAUGGAGAACACGUGGAAGUUAAAUAUAAUAAAGAUAAUAAGUAUACCCCAGAAGAACUUAACCAAGCUUUAUAUGAGGUAAUGAAGGUUGCCAUGGGAUGCAAAAUAGAACCAAUAGCUUAUGAUACAUAUAAAAUGACAAAUAUUGGGACAGAAGUAAAAGUAGUUGAAUACAAAUGA